UAUCGCUUUGCUCGGUGGGGGCUCGGAGGGAGGUGGUGACUUGAGGUCACUGAAUUCCGAGAGGUCACAAGAUUAUCCUUGGGAUGGGAAAGACUGGUCAUCCCCACACUGGCCCCACCCCUUCACAAAAUUAUAAAUAGUUGGCUAGCAAAGGACCCCCCCCAUCCCCAGAUGCUCUUCCAGUGAAGUGAAGGUGGAGGACGGAGGUUUGCCCUCUGGGGCCGAAGACAGCCUGCGUGCGCCUGGGAGAGACAGCCUCUUAGGCUUUUCAGGAGGGGAGGCUUCUGGCUCCGGCUCCCCCGGUUUCCUUACUAGGGAUUUGCAAAGAAUUCGGCUGGAGCCAUGUCAUCAGCCAAGGUCACCUGCCCCCUCCUCUUUUCUGUUAGUAUAGCUGCUAUAGGCUCUUUUCAGUUUGGCUACAACACUGGCGUCAUUAAUGCUCCCGAGGAGAUCAUUAAGGAAUUUCUUAAUUCCACUUUGAAUGACAGGAGUGGUAAGCCAACCUCUGAGUUUCUACUCACCUCCCUGUGGUCCUUGGCUGUGGCCAUCUUCUCAGUAGGUGGCAUGAUUGGCUCUUUCUCUGUUGGACUCUUCGUCAACCGAUUUGGCAGGCGCAACUCCAUGCUCAUCGUCAAUUCACUAGCACUUAUUGGAGGUGCCCUCUUGGGCUUCGCAAAGUCUGCCAAGUCGGUAGAGAUGCUGAUCCUGGGCCGUUUGGUCAUUGGCCUCUUCUGUGGACUUUGUACUGGCUUUGUGCCCAUGUAUAUUGGAGAGGUGUCCCCAACUAGCCUUCGUGGAGCCUUUGGCACCCUGAACCAGCUGGGCAUUGUUGUGGGGAUCCUCAUUGCCCAGAUCUUUGGACUAAAAUCCAUCAUGGGAACUGAGAGUCUCUGGCCAUUGUUAUUAGGCUUUACUGUCAUCCCUGCAGUUCUGCAAUGUAUAACCCUUCCUAUGUGCCCUGAAAGCCCCAGAUUCCUGCUUAUUAAUAAGAUGGAAGAAGAACAGGCCCGAAAGAUUCUUGAGAAGUUAUGGGGCACUGAAGACGUAGGACAGGAUAUCCAGGAGAUGAAGAGUGAGAGUGCUAAAAUGGCACAAGAAAAGAAACCAACUGUGCUGGAACUCUUUAGGUCACCAAAUUAUCGUCAACCUAUUAUCAUUGCCAUCAUGCUCCAGCUCUCUCAACAGCUCUCUGGAAUUAAUGCUGUAUUCUAUUAUUCUACAGGAAUCUUUACAGAUGCUGGUGUUAAAGAGCCAAUAUAUGCUACCAUUGGUGCUGGUGUGGUUAAUGUGAUAUUUACUGUAGUUUCGCUCUUUCUGGUGGAACGAGCAGGAAGGAGGACCCUUCAUCUGGCAGGACUGAGUGGAAUGGCCGUCUGCUCGGUUCUUAUGGUUGUUGCCAUGUCUUUCAAGGUCUCUCAUCUGUGGAUGAGCUAUAUCUGUAUUGGGGCCAUCUUUGGCUUUGUGGCCUUCUUUGAAAUUGGACCAGGCCCCAUUCCUUGGUUCAUCGUUGCUGAGCUCUUCAGCCAAGGCCCCCGCCCGGCUGCUAUGGCUGUGUCUGGCUGUUCCAACUGGACCUCUAACUUCCUUGUGGGCUUGCUCUUCCCUACAGCUGCGAAAUAUAUGGGAUCCUACGUCUUUAUUAUCUUUACUUGCUUCCUCAUCUUCUUCUUUUUGUUCACCUUCUUCAAAGUCCCUGAGACCAAGGGCAGAACUUUUGAGAAUAUUACCCAGGUCUUUGAGAACAAGAGUAAGGGUUCCCUCGGCCCCACCUUAAUGGCAGAGAAAGGCCCCAUUGUGGAUAUGAACAGCAUUGAUCCAGCCAAGGACACCUCAUCUUCCGCCCUCUAAAAUCCUACCUCCAUCACACCUCCUUUUCCAGUCUCCCAAUGUGGAAAAACAUCUCUCUGAGGUGGGGGGCCCUCAUCAGGAUAUCUAUAACCCAGGACUGUUUCUGAUUGCUGCUACUGUUUCUUUUUCACCUUACUCCAUGAGCACUAAGAUGAACCUAGUGUUGGAGUCAACUCAGCUUCACCGGCUUUUAAACAUUUAAUAUCUUGGACACUGUCUACACUCUGCUAACCAGAGAUCAGGUGAAAUUGCCCUCAUUUCUGGAGGGAUUGGCUCCUUGGCACAUGUGCCAACCUUUGUCACCAUUUCCUUGGCUUCUAAUGAUGAUUCAUUGAGGUACCUAGGAAUCAGAAGAGUGGGUG